UACUGUUAUGAAUGAAAUUCUUGUUUUAGCAGAAUCUGGAAAUUUGGUGAACAAUUGGGUCUUGAUCUGCAAACAAUCCAUGGCCGGGAACGGUCGGACGUUUAUUUAUUUGUUUCCCUUCCCGUUUCCCUUCGAGCGCAUGCACGAUGGCACGUCUGUGAAGCAUCUCUCUCUUCUCUCUCUCUCUCUCUCGGUCUUUCUGUGUGAGGGAUCCGGUGUGCCUUUGGGUCGCAAGGAUUCCUCAUCGGCAUCCGGCGAUGGGCGUGGCGGUGAUCUCGGACACAUCAUUGGUGUCGAUUGCGCAGAAUCUUCUAGGGUUUCAUCCCGUGAAGGAUCUUCUUCGAUCAUCCAAUGUCUCCGUGAUCACCGAUUGUAUGUCCGCUGAGGCGAUUCUCGGCGGGAUAGGCGCCAUCUCCGCCGGGAUACCGCCGCCGCCAGCUGUGAGGUUGAGGAAGCUGUCCGCCCCAAGCGCGCUCUCACGGAGGAUGAGGCGCGCGAAAAGGAGGACGGUUUUGGAGGACGACGGCGGAGAUUGGGAGGAGUUUGGUGGUGGGUCGGGCCGCGAUGACGGUGACGGGCCGUUUGGGAACGGUAAGGAUGGAGGCGGCGGUGGGUGGAGUUUUGGGUCGGGAGACGAGGGGUCGAACGCCGAUCCGGCGUUUGAUUUUGUGUACGAGGUGAUUUCAUGGUUAGCGCUUUCUCAGUGCCUUCAAUUUGCCUUCAAGAGGUUUGUUCAGCUUCUGGAGGACAGGAACAAGGUUCCUGAGUUCGCCUUGGGUGAUAUAUUCACGUUUCGGGCCCCACCCGCCAAGGUUGUUGGUUGAAAGUUGAAACACGUCCCCUUUCUGUAUAUUGUAAAUACCAGAACACCGUUUUCUAUUCAUGAAUUUCUGUAUAUUCUUUUAUUUUCUUUGUAUAUCUUGGGUUUCUGAUGUCAAAGAAAAUUAAUCAUUUCUUCCC